GACCAAAAAGAUUCACACUCAUCCGAGUUGCCUCUGACUUGCGUCACCAACCAUCCGCAAGCCGCGAGCCUUCGCCAUUGUUAGGGUUCUGAAUUUGCGUGCUUUGAUCAGGGCCGUUGAUCUUCCAAGUUGGGAAUUGGAGUUCUCUCAGCUGCUAUAUAAUGUUUAAAAGUUUGCUGAACUAUGUUGAUCAAGAAAUGGAUGCGGUAUUGGUGUUAAAUUUCACUGCGUCUCGGGUUGAAACUCUCCCCUCGCUUUAAUGUAGAUUAGAGUAGUAACAUCGAUUGUAAUCGAAAAAGAAAAGAAAAAUUCAAAACACUUGGUGUAGAUGAACACUAGUCUCUUUUGGCUUGUUCAAUUUAACUCUAAACAAGUUCAUUACUGUCAUUGACUUUUUUUAUGGGCCAAUUUGAUUUGUUUAUUUCUUGUGUGUUUGUUGAUGAAUGGUGUUGAACAGCAUGGUAAUCUGGGGAGGGCCCGUCCCCAGUGAUUGCAUUGGGUUUUUUGAAAGCUUUUCACGUACAUUUCCGGACUUUACACUGAUCUGUGGUGCUUUCUCCUCUGCGCAAACAUCGGAAAGCAGACUUUAUUGUUAUCCACAAGAGGUUGAGAAGAUUUAACAGAACCAACGAUGCAAACCGCUUCAUAUCUUCAUCUGUUCUCUUAUAUUUCUGACAGAAGCCUUUUAAAACCAGUAGGGUGGAUUAAAUCACAAACCCCAUAUUCAAAUCAUCUUGAUAGGAGAGUUCCGAUUACUGUAAGACCUCAGUCGUGUAAGUUUCUCUUGCUGAAGCAACAAACCAGAUUGUUUGCAGUUCCCAACACAGAUGAUGGCCAUCCUUCUGCCUCUGUGUUAGAAGAUUCAAACACAAAUCAUGCACCCAGUCCGGAAGUGGAGACGGUGUUGCACAAAUGGUCACCUCCCACGUAUUUGUGGAGGGGGUUUUCAGCUCUUAUCCUGACAGGACAGGUUAUUUUGAGAACCUUGAAGGGCAAAGUGCACUGGGGAAAUACACUUCAGCAAUUAAAGAGAGUUGGACCUGGUUCCGUCGGGGUCUGUCUCUUGACUUCAGCAUUUGUUGGCAUGGCUUUUACUAUCCAAUUCGUUAGGGAAUUUUCUAGAUUAGGGUUAAGCAGAGCUGUUGGUGGGGUUUUAGCCCUGGCUUUCUCAAGGGAGUUGAGUCCUGUAAUUACAUCAAUCGUGGUUGCUGGGCGUAUUGGAAGUUCAUUUGCAGCAGAGUUGGGAACAAUGCAGGUUUCUGAGCAAACCGACACACUGAGAGUUCUCGGGGCAGACCCAGUUGAUUAUCUUGUGACUCCAAGAGUGAUUGCUACUUGUAUUGCUCUACCGUUUCUGACUCUAAUGUGUUUCACAGUAGGGAUGGCAUCCAGCGCCCUCCUUUCCGAUGGCAUUUAUGGUGUUAGCAUCAACAUUAUUCUGGAUUCAGCUUGCAGAGCUCUCAAGCCAUGGGAUAUAAUUAGUGCAAUGAUCAAGUCACAGGUUUUUGGUCCGAUCAUAUCGAUUGUGAGUUGUGCCUGGGGAGUUACCACUAUGGGAGGAGCCAAGGGAGUUGGGGAGUCAACAACUUCGGCUGUGGUUAUAUCUCUUGUUGGGAUCUUUAUCGCAGAUUUUGUACUCUCUUGUUGUUUCUUCCAAGGAGUUGGCGAUUCAUUGAAGAGGCUAUGAGCGGUUGUUGAUAAGCUAACGGAGAGUCUGAAGCGUGAAACGAAUCAAAGUAUCUAUACUUGGCUGCGUGACGUUUUCAUACAAUGGCCGGUCAGCCUGUAGUACUCAAUGGUUAUUGAGGGCAUUAUUUACAGAGUAAUAUACAUUGUUUUUCUCCCUCCAUCAUUCGUUAUUGCCGAAUUCAUUGAGGAGAGCAGUUUUUGGAGUAAUUUUGCAUUAAGAAUCAUACAGAUGACCUCGAAGCAUCUCAUUGCAAAACAAGCGGGCUCGGCGUUGAUGGUCUUGAUGUAGGGUUUUGUACAUCUCCUUUCACUGUUAAUGCAUGUAGUGCGACAACUAUUAUUCCGUGUCACUUUACCACUUCUUUUUCGUGCCAAAUUGCUACUUAAA